AUGGCAAGCUCCACGCAACAAUCACCUGCCCUGAAUCUCGCAAAGCCAACGGUCAGACUCAAGGGGAAAGAAAAUGAGUUUCGAGAAAGUGAGAAGUUUCUUGUCUUCCAAAAUCGAGGUGGCAAAGAUGAAGAGCUCAUGGACGAGCAACGAUGGCUCGACUACAAGACAGAAUCUAGCAAAACGAAAUGGUUGACUUUGCCGGAAUCACCGAAGUAUCUCCAUCCAACAUGGAAUGUCCGGGGAGACUCUAGAGACCAGAAUUUGCGAACUGGGAAGAGCGUGAUAUGGAAUCCCGCUAUCGAAGGUGGACAGGACAGCUCGGCCAAACAAGUUGUUCGAUCAUCGACAGAAAAACAUCUAAUGUUUGAGAUCCUUUCCAGAGCUUGCAAGGAAGCAAAGAACAAGGGCCGAGACAUUAAACGUUUCCUGGGAUUGUCAGUCUCUACCACGCCCGUGUCACGCGAAAGAAGAAUCCAUGCUGUGUUCGUAGGAGUAUCUGCAUUUGAUUGCCAGCCCAUUUUCAUGGUACGAGAUAGUACUGAAUCGACAACUACUUCCGACGAAUUACUGGAGACAGACAACACUGCGCCUUGUGACUUGUCAACCCUCUCGAGAGAGUUGUCCCAUGGACACGACGUUAUCUGGAUUGAAAAUAUGUUGAUUCAAGGCAAUAUCUCGUACGUCAAACGCGGGCUUCAUUCUUUCCCUGGAACAAGUCAUUCAAGGGAAUUCUCCGCUAUCGUCAGACGGGAACAUUCUUUUGUUGAGGUGGGCUUAGGUACUGCGGGUACUGCCAUGACUCUUCCUUCGUCAGAAGUACAAGAGCGCAAACCCAUGGUUUGCCGCCCUAUUCACGAUGGCAAACGCUACGAUACUCUACACUACCAGCUGAGGUGGCCUCCAAUGGCCUUGCUGGAAUUCCCUUCGGAGAUGGUCGCAGCUAUGAAAUACUUUCUCGGAUUCCAUCCAAGCGACAAUAUUCCUCUGAACCUUGCACUCGCAGCAACAAUCAUCUAUUUUGACUUAGAGAAGUCAUACGGUCAUGAGAGGGAGGGGUUUGUUCGGUUCUUUACCAGCAAGACAUUCUGCAUCAAGAAGGCUCCUCUCGGAAUGUUCAUCAUCUACUUCCCACACAUGCUGAGAUUUGUGGAAAAUAAGCACCUUACAGCCUUCAUUCAUCCAUCGCGGUUUGCAUUGUACCACCAUUCCAGAGACACUGAAGGAGGGGACGAGGACUUCAAAGUGAGCUCGAACCGGGCUCGUAUAGACACAGCCGACAUGCGCGACUGGUAUUUGAAGAUCAGAUCUCGUUAUCCCCAAGUGCCAUCUACCUUCAGGUUCCACCUCGUACCGGCGUCGAUGCCAGGCUCGAGUAUGGUCUUCCCUCAAGAUAUAGCAGAAGCUGCGAGGCCCACCUCCGAUCUUUUCACUCUGGCUUGUUUGGACGACAUACGGACAUUGGGGCUUCCCAGCUAUCACUAUCGUGCGGAAGACGAUGACACUUUUCGGUAUAUCGGUGGCCCGCAAUGGCUCUUCUCGAGUCGAAUGAGUAGUCCGUCAUCCGAGUUUCAUGGCGUCCCCAGUGCUUGCUACUGGAAUGUUGGCAUAACAAACACGAUCACGGCUCUUACUGGUCUAGCGCGGGAAAUUGGUUCUGUCUUCCCAGAUGUCGGGUCCGAGUAUUAUGAUACUCAAUUCUUGGCUUCAAGGGUCGAGCGGUGCUUUGGAGCAGUGAAGGCCUAUACCCAAAACUUCCAGCUUUGCGAAGAUCUUGAUGCUCCUUUGCGAGAGAGUAUCGCUACCAGGGCAGAUGAGCUCAACAGAAUCGCAGAUCGCCUGGGCAUUCCCUCCUCUGAGCGAUGGACAAGCCAUGAGACUCUCUGCCCUGAAUGGCGUGGGAUGGAAGCUCAUCUCGAGUCGCUUCUAGCGGAAGGCAAACUGAAAAGAUUUGCCGAACCAGAACAGGCCAUGACGCCGGCCAAGCGAGCUAAACUGCCCGAUCCUUUACUGGACUCCGAAGUUAAGGACAAAAUUCUCAGCAUUCUUAACGGACUUAAGACCAAGUCCAGUGACUGGGACAGCUUUGAAGAGCAGCUUCAAACACCACAGCCAACAGUUAAAGCUAUUCAGCAGUCAUUCUCUCAAGUAAAGUCCUUCGUCUCCGAUUUAGAAGAGACACUACGACCUGAAAAUGCGGAGAAUGGCCAGGGUAGUUUGGACCAAGUAAUUCGCAUGGCCUUUCGGGCUGAGGGGCUUUUAGACCGGACCAUUUCUGAGACACUGGAAUACAAGUCAAGAUGGGAUCAGCAUCUUGACAGGUUUGUCAAAUUUGGACGGACAACUCGCGAUGCUAUGGAAACUAUUUUCAGGCUUCGAGACACGCCUGAUGGGUUCAGACUCAUUCUCUCCAUCAUUCAGACUCUCAAAGAAUCGCCAUUGAUCAAGGAUCAACUUGAGGCUUCUAAGAAGAUCAAUGCCCUUCUGAGUCCACCACGACCGGUAAUCAAACUCAAGACAUCAUCAAGGGUAGAGUAG